CUCUUCGCCUCGUUCCCUGCGCUUUCCUUCGAGGUCGCACCUGCUUACUCGAGGUGCCUGGGGAGGAUGGGAGCGUCUUCUCGGAGGAGCCCGCAACCUCUCCGGCCGCCGGCGCCCCCCAUUUCCUGCUCCGGAGGAACCCUCCGAGCGGUUCUGGUGCUGCUUGCGCUGCGGGACGCCUGGGGUCAGUGCAAAGCCCCGGAACAGCUUCCAUUUGCCAAGCUUACAAUUCUGACCAACGAGUAUGAGUUUCCCAUUGGGACAUCUUUGAAGUAUGAGUGCCGCCCUGGUUACCACAGGAAAGUAUUCUCUAUUACCUGCCUAUCCAACUCAGUCUGGUCAAACGCUGACGACGUCUGUCAACGUAAAUCAUGUGGAACUCCUCCAGAACCCUUAAAUGGCAAAAUGACUGUCAACAGAGACACCCGGUUUGGAUCAACCGUUAAUUAUGCCUGUAAUGAAGGAUACCGACUUAUUGGUAAGACCUCGAUUGCAUGCAUCAUCUCAGACAAUACUGUCGUCUGGGAUAACAAUCCACCUAUUUGUGAGACUAUUCCUUGUGGGCCACCCCCAGCCAUCGCCAAUGGAAAUUUCUUUAGCACCAGCAGAGAAUUUUUUCCAUAUGGAACUGUGGUAAACUACCGCUGCCAUCUUGGACAGAGAGGGAAAAAGCUGUUUGAGCUUGUGGGCAACUCAUCAAUAUAUUGCACCAGCAAAGACAAUCGCGUUGGCAUAUGGAGCAGCGCCCCCCCUCAGUGCAUCAUACCUAAUAAAUGCACACCUCCAGACAUUGAAAAUGCAAUAAGGGUAUCUGAGAACAAAAACUUAUUUUCCUUACAUGAAUUUGUGAGGUUUAUCUGUAAGCCCGGCUUUGUCAUUAAAGGACCCUCCAGUGUGCAAUGCCAAGCCCAAAACAAAUGGGGGCCAGAGUUGCCAAGCUGUUCUAGGGUAUGUCAGCCGCCUCCAGAAAUUGUGCACGGUAAGCGUGCCGCAGGCAACGAGACCAAUUUCUUCCCCGGGCACGAAGUGUUCUACAGCUGCGAGCCCGGCUAUGAUCUCCGAGGGGCUGCUUCUCUGCGCUGCACUCCCCAGGGAGACUGGAGCCCAGCAGUCCCGAGAUGUGCAGUGAAAUCAUGUGUGGACUUCCUGGACCAACUCCCUAAUGGCCGUGUGCUCUUUCCACUGAAUUUCCAGCUUGGGGCAAAAGUGUCCUUCGUUUGUGAUGAGGGGUUCCAUUUAAAGGGCAGUUCUGCUAGUUACUGCGUCUUGGUUGGAACGGAAAGCCUUUGGAGUCACAGUGUUCCUGUGUGUGAACAAAUCUUUUGCCCAAAUCCUCCCUCUAUCCUUAACGGGCACUACACUGGAACUUCUCAGGGAGACAUUCCCUAUGGAAAGGACAUUACUUACACGUGUGACCACCACCCAGCCAGAGGGAUGACCUUCAACCUCAUCGGGGAGAGCACCAUCCGCUGCACAAGUGACGGUCAAGGGAGGGGGAUUUGGAGCGGCCCUGCCCCUCGCUGUGAACCUGCUGGUCCUGCUGGUUACUGCAAAGCCCCGGAAGAGUUUCCGUUUGCCAAACCUACAACCCUGACUGAUGAGUCUGAGUUUCCGAUUGGAACAUCUUUGAAUUAUGAAUGUUCCCCUGGGUAUUUUGAGGAUAUGUUUUCUAUCACCUGCUUAGAAAACUUGGUCUGGUCGAGUGCCGAAGGUAUCUGUAGACGAAAAUCAUGUGAAGCUCCACCAGAACCCUUCAAUGGCAUGGUACAUAUAAACACGGAUACCCAGUUUGGAUCAACAGUUCAUUAUUCUUGUAAUGAAGGGUAUCGACUCAUUGGCUCUCCUUCCGCAGCUUGUCUCCUCUUGGGCAGUACGGUCACUUGGGAUAAGGAAGCACCUAUGUGUGAGGAAAUCUUUUGUCCAAAUCCUCCCUCUAUCCUUAAUGGGCACUACACCGGAACUUCUCAGGGAGACAUUCCCUAUGGAAAGGAAAUUACUUACACAUGUGACCACCACCCAGCCAGAGGGAUGACCUUCAACCUCAUCGGGGAGAGCACCAUCCGCUGCACAAGUGACAGUCGAGGGAGGGGGAUUUGGAGCGGCCCUGCCCCUCGCUGUGAACCUGCUGGUCCUGCAGCAUGCCCACCUCUGCCCAAGAUCCACAAUGGGCAUUACAUUGAAGGACAUGCAUCUCCAUAUCUUCCUGGGAUGACCGUCAACUACACCUGUGACCCAGGCUACUUGUUGGUGGGAAGAGCCUUCAUAUUCUGCACAUACCAGGGAACCUGGAGCCAAUUUGAUCAUUAUUGCAAAGAGGUAAAAUGUAUCCUUCCAGAGUCUAUGGAUGGAAUCCGGAAGGAACUGGAAAUGAGAACAGUGUAUCGCUAUGGAGAUAAUAUAACUUUCGAGUGUGAAGAUGGGUAUACUCUGAAAGGCAGUCCCCAGAGCCAAUGCCAGGCAGAUGACACAUGGAACCCUCCUCUGGCUAUAUGUACAUCUAGUAAAUGGAGCUGCAAGACAUGCACAAGUGAUGCUCUCAUAGUUGGUAUUUUCUUUGGCGUGAUCUUCUUUCUUUCAUCCAUCAUGGUUUCCUGUUGGAUAAUUGUAAAGCACAGAAAAGGCAGUAUUACAGAUGAAAAACCUAAGGAGAUGAUCCAUUUACAACCUCAAGAAGACAGCGGUGUAAGGCCUCAAACUCUGCAAACAAAUCAGGAAAACAGCAGUGCCCUUCCUUGACAAAGUACUAUAGAGCUGGAAAAUGCCUCGGAUUACAAUGUUGCUGGAAAGGAGCCAAUUCAACAGAGUAAGAUGUGAGACUCAUAAAAUCUUGGAAGUGACCUCACUGAGACGCAGGCGUGUGCACGUGAAGGUGCUGCUGGGCUCCCAGGAGCUAGUAAAAGCUCCCUCCUCUUAGCUUGGAUUACUGUCACUCCUUGUGCUUUCUCCUCCUGCUGAACGCACACAUCAUCGAGUUGGGGGAAAAGACUGCACUUAGGGUAUAUAAAUAGUCUCAAUUACUUAAAGGAAGAAGGUGGCACUUCGGAUUUCUGUUUACAAGUUUGUGAUUCACCUUUCUUAUUUUCAAACGUUCAUACUAUGGAAUGGGCUCAUUAACGAGAAGAUCAAAAUCCAGAAGGAAGAUGUGAAAAACUAAGUCACAUACAAUUAUACUACUCAGUGAGAACCACUGUUAAUUUUUGAUUCAUCAUUCUUCAUAUGUUUCUUUAUACACCCAUGUCUUUCUUAAAUAAUCACUUUUUCUUCUAUCGAGGAAAAUCUCCUCCUAUGAGUUCAGAUAUAAAAUACAGAGAGAUCAAUUUUGACUUUUCUAGGGGAAAAAAAGUUUUUUCUGUUUAUGAAAUGGGCAUUAAAUGAAUCCGAGGGACAGGUGUUCAAGAGAAACAUCUUAAACAAUGAGCUUUGGAUAUUUCCUAAGUUCUAUUUCAACAGCAAUUUGUACUGUGUGUAUAAAAACAUACUAUUUUAAAUGAAAGAAUAAUUUUAUUAUAAAAGCAAGUGACUUUUUGUAUACAUUCAGAAAACACCAAAUAAACUAAGAAACCAUGACUUUUAAGAAUUGCAAAAUUAAUGUACAGGUCUAUAAACAAGUGAUCCUGGAGUCCAUAACUGGUCCACAUGCUUACAGAUCAACAAUUUAUUUGGUAAGACAUCAUGGGCCAUGCUAACGAUCUAGAAAAUACCAGAAUCUUUCUGGACGUUUAACAACAGAUUUGCAUAUGAUGACUGCUAACUACUGUGUAAUUCUGGGUUUUAAGUUGCUUUUAGGGUAUACUGUGCCACACUUACCUUGAUAAAUAUAAAGAGUGAACUAGACAUCAACUUGAAGUUUUCUUUAAAAUCAUGGAAGAAAGGGAGAAAAUAGCAUAAGCAAAGUCAACUGACAAACUAGGAGGAAAAAAUUACAACUUAUAUCGUAGACAAGGGUAAUUGGCAUAUUAUAGUUAAAAAUUCAAAGACCAACCCUCCCCACCCCACCUCCCUGUAAGUGGGCAAAGGAUAUCCAGCCAGGCCUCCGAUAAAAGAAAGGCAAGUAACCCAUGAAUAUAUCAAAAGAUCCUCAAUGGUUUUGCUUAGUUGAAACUUAGGGAAAUCUAUUAGGUCUUGAGUUUCUGAAGAAGUACAUUUUAAAGGAGGGUUAGAAAUUAUUUGUUGGGAAUUGGCCUUUCUUAGAAUUAAAAUUCCCUAUCAUAAGAAAAAAAUGUAAAUUCCUCUUUUCCCCCCAUAAUGCAGUAGGUCAGUGAGUAGUGCGAUUAACCAGCAUCUGACGCCCGGGACAUUGAAUCUCAAGAAAUUCAUGAGAUUUUUUGCCCGUGACAUCAGUGAUACAUGGGAAAUACUGUUUAUACUAACUAUGGAUAAAAUACUGAAUUGUCUAACUUCAUUUGUAUUGUUGAGUAAUUCUGUUAAGCUCUGGCCUUACAUUUUUCAUCUGAAGAGCAGGGCUGGACCAACUGGUCUCCAAAGCAUUCUUAGUGCUAACAAUCUAAUUUUUUUCUCGUUUCCUUUUUGUGUACACGUAAGCGUGAGGUGUAAGUUCAAGCCUCUGACAUUUAAAUAAAAUGUUCUGUCUCCAUCACUAUAAUGGCAAAGGAAUAAAAGAUUUUUCUUUCUAAAUCUAUGUCUGGAAUAUGGUUUGUAAUAUAUUUACUUUUUAAAGCCUCCAAAAGCCAAGAGAAAACAAAAUGAAUAUGCAUUCCUUCUGAGAAGUGUCCUCCCCUUUGUACUUAAUGGUUUCAGAAUCCCUGUGUAGGGUGCAGCUUCCCGCUGGAAUGUUCCUGCUGGUAACAGCUAACUAGGAAGGUCAGCUGGCUGGCAGGUGCUUACCAGGUACAGACCGAGGUGGCACAGCGCCCAGGGCCAACAGCAAAAAGAUGACUUCCCUAUGCUCUGCCUAGCCAUUCUCUUUCAGCUUUUCACAGCAAACCUCGUGUGUCAUUCACCACGACAGUGGAAAGCCUUUUCUGAGAGUACUCACAGGCCCAUUCAUGCUGCUACCCCCACCUCUGAAAAGCAUGAUGGACAUAUACUAAUUUAGAAUCAUCUAACAUUAAGAUUUAUUUUAUAGAAGCUGGCCUCCGUUUAAUGACAUCCCCACACACCUACCUGCACCCUAGUGCCAUUCAUAAAGCCGUAAAGGAGAUCUAGCACAUAGCUCAAAACCUGGUCGACACAGAGGCAUAUUCUCCAUGCUCUCCUCUUUGUCACUUUGGCAGUGUGACAAAAUCUUUAGGGGGGUUGCAGGCACCAGGAGCCUUUAUUCCCCUACCUCACUCAAAGCCUUGAUUCUUGACUUCUAUUCCUGUCCAGGCUACAGGAUGUUCAUUGUCAACACUCUCCCUUUGAACUAAGUCACUAAAAUGAUCUCAGGGCUAAGUGACAGACAGUAGCGCCACCUUCUAUCAGAGCUUGCACUGCUGAUACAGGAAGGUUUUCUGUGCAGACAGUCGUAGCUUCCUCCUUUAGACACAAACCCCACCUUGUUCCUGGUGUCUAAGAGGACUAAAACAAAAUUUCUCAGCACUUAUUUGGUAAAUCCAUGCUGGGGGAGACCUGCCAGAGACAUGUUAGAUGCACUUGACAGCAAGACCCGUUUAUUUCAUGCAGUAUUCAGAGGCAUUUAUUAUGUACCUACUACAGACCUAGAACGGGAGAUACAGCAAGAAAACUCUAUCCCUGUCUCAUGGAGCUUGUCCAGAAAAAUAGUGAACAGGACUCAGAACCUUUCCAAUGGAGCCAUAAGUGGGGCAGAUGAAAAUAAAUUAAUCAAUGUGAAAUUCUCCAAUUAUAUUUACAGUGGCUUGAUGAACCCCAGGUAGAGAUUUUGCUGACUGAAGGAAAGUUCCAGUAAAACCCCAAUUCUUGACUCUAAUCUAGCUUGUGUAACUAGGAACCCAAACAUGUAUUCUCCCAUCUUUGGGGAAAAAAAAAGUUUUAGGGAUAGAAAUAGACGGGAAAAUGUUUUCAUCUUAUUGAGAUGUAACUGACAUAUGCCUUUGUACACAGAGUACACAGACGGUGGCAGAGAACAAUAGAUUGUUUUCACAGUAAGCGUCAACAUUGAUCCACAGAGUAUUUCUGUUCUCUCACUCUUACAAUUCUAAGAAUCCACAGAAUGGUAAUUCCCCCAUUGAGUUUCCAGUGUCUCCUUAAUUAUACCUCCUUCAACUAAGUGUCAUCACAGUGUAUGGUUUUUGAUGGAAACGUUGGGGUUCGGGAAUGAAUGGUCACAAAAGAAUUAAGAGGUCUGUGGUGCCAGAAAGGUCCUUUUAUGAAAGCAUGAGGAAAGGACCCCUGGGCACAAAGUACUGCACUGGGGCAGUGAGGAGUGACUGAUUAUAUACUUUCAAGGUGGGCGGGGGGAGGGGGGCAGUUAGGUAUAGCAUAAGUCUCUAAGGAAUUUAGAAGCAAGGUUUUUCAGGACCUUGAGGAGGCUAGCUGUUGUUAGGAUAAGGUCAUUUAUACUGUCCAGUAAAACCUUAGUCAUGAGACCCUUCAGAUGUAUAUCAAUCGGCCAUAUGCUUAGAAGGCGAUUGCUAAUAUGUAUCUUGGGUGGGGGAGAGAGAUAAAGGAAGUUUCUGCAGGAAUUUUCGUAUGUUAAAGAAGACUUAACAGGAUCCUGGACUUCCGGGAGCUAAGGCUGCCUUUUGCCUCUAGGAAAGUAUUACAUUGGGGGAGUUGAGAUCCUGGAGAAAAGGUCAUCCUGCCUGUCCCAAGCACUUGUCAAUGGGCUGUAAGCUAUAAGAAAGUUUAAUUUUUUUCCUUUUGCCUAGGUUCUCCCCAUAAGUUUUUUUAUAAUCCAAGAUACUAAGGUGUUUAUUUUAUAUAUCAAUGCACAACUUUGUGUCCUACAUGCUAUACCCAGAAUCUGGAAGGAAGAGUCAAUUCCAGAAUGUCUUCAGUACAUUUCAGAUACAAAAUUUUAAACAUAUAGAGAGAUUAGUAAUUCCAGAAUAUGAAUCUGAAGUUUAUACAGAGAGCUUACAUUUCCU